AUGCUUAUAACUAUUCCAAAACUAUUUUAUAUGAUCGUGAAAGCAGAGAGCGAAGAUUUUGGACAGGGACAUUUUUUGAAUACUAAUACGAAUUUUCUUCACACUGUUAUAUGUCGAGCUGUGAUGUCACAGUUACUCUAUAUACUCGCGUCAGGCAAUCUCGAAAUAUGCGUGAAAAUGCGUGUAUGUUUCGCUAAUGUCCCACUCGUGGCACUCUUUCUCGUUGCUUUUCUGGGCACACCCUGCUCAGCUGAUGAGGAUCUGGUUGAAACCUUCAAAAAUAUUGAUGUUUUUAGGCUAAGGUCGUCAGCUGGCGCUUGCCCACUGCUAGUUGUGGGACAGGUUUGCCCUCAAGAGAAUCCGCUCUACUACUUUAAAUGCUGUGGUGAUUUGAAUGCGUCGUGCUGCUUCCGAUUGCAGGUAAAACUAUAAUU